CGCCAUUGCAUCAGUCAUUCAGUCCUCACCACUGCUACACUCCUAGCAAGGAGCUCUACUGCCUAGCUAGCUCAAAGAGAUCUAUAUAUAUAGCUACUCUAGUCUUGCCUUCUUUCCUAAUCCGGUCGUCGUCGUCGCCGCUGCCAUCGCCGGCAAGGCAUAGGUAUAGCUAGCAGGGAUAUCGAUAUCUACAUGGGCGGCGGGUCGCCGUGCGCGUCGUGCAAGCUGCUGCGGCGGCGGUGCACCAAGGACUGCAUCUUCGCGCCCUUCUUCCCGGCCGACGACCCCCACAAGUUCGCCAUCGUCCACAAGGUCUUCGGCGCCAGCAACGUCGCCAAGAUGCUCCAGGAGCUCCCCGUGCAGCAGCGCGGCGACGCGGUGAGCAGCCUGGUGUACGAGGCCAACGCGCGGAUGCGGGAUCCCGUCUACGGUUGCGUGGGGGCCAUCUCCUUCCUGCAGAACCAGGUGUCUCAGCUGCAGAUGCAGCUCGCCGUCGCGCAGGCCGAGAUCCUCUGCAUCCAGAUGCAGCAGCGCCGCGACUGCGGCGGAGGACAGCACCACGACGGCCCCGACGACGUCGACGCGGUGGUCGCGGCCGCGGGCGGCGGAGGCGCCGGCGACCACCACCACCACCACGCGAUGGCGGCGGCGAUCCAGCAGCACCAGGCGGCGAUGGUGGCCCCCGACGACGUGGACGCAUUCCUGAUGCAGAACGCCGGCGCCGGCGCCGGCGCCAUGGUCCCGCCGCAGCUGAUGGGCUACGGCGCCGCGUCGGCGGGCGGCAUGGGGGAGCCCCUCAAGCGGGAGUCCCUGUGGACGUAGGCACACAAACUUGCAAGUCAACUUUGCAUGUGCACGUCGUAGCUAGGAGCGAGCACACGGCCAGCUAGCGAGCUUAUUAAUGUAGCGGCAGCUUGUUGCUUCUGCUUCAC